AGGGGGGUAAGUAAGGACUGUAGACUGAGAAUGGAUGGGCAAUGUAAAACAGCGCUAGAGAGGUAGAGAGAGCGUGUGUAUUCUGAGAGUCAGCAGUGAGGAUGCAGAAAGUCCAGUCACAUCAUUAAAAGAGAGAAUGUGAGGCGGAUCGGGGCACCCAGGCACUCUGAAGAGUCAAACACACAGCAAAGAGCAACAGAGGGAGACACAGAAGAGGAAGAGUACGCUGAAGACGAGAAGGACAGAAAAGAGACAUCCAGCGUUCCUCUGGUUUUGACCUCACCAUAAUCCCCAGCCAUGAUCUCUUGGGUGCUCCUGCUCCUGUGGGUCUAUGGACAUAGGGCGGAGGCCAUGUUUUCCCAGCAGCCCCAGGACUUGGUGGUGGUGGCAGGCCAACCAGUGACAUUACCAUGCACCAUCCCUGGAUACCAUGGCGUUGUCCUGUGGAUCAAAGACGGACUGGCGCUGGGAGUCGGCAGAGACCUCUCUGGCUAUCCACGUUACACAGUGAUUGGCGACCAUGGCUCAGGGGAGCAUCAUUUGCGCAUCCAGCGUGUCGAGCUGAUGGACGACGCAGUGUUCGAGUGCCAGGCCGUUCAGGCAGCCAUGAGGUCCCGUCCUGCCCGGCUCACUGUGCUGGUUCCCCCGGACGACCCAGUGAUCAGUGGAGGACCUGUGGUGAGCCUGAGAGCCGGUGAUCCUUUAAACCUGACGUGCCACGCUGACAAUGCCAAACCUGCGGCCUCCAUUAUUUGGAUUCGCAACGGAGAGGUCCUUAACGGGGCAAUGUACUCCAAGACAUUGCUCCGAGAUGGCAGGAGGGAAAGCACGGUGAGCACGCUCUACCUUUCACCUUCCAACAUUGAGACUGGUCAGCAGAUCAUCUGUAAGGCCUCUAACAAGGCAGUGCCCAACGGCAAGGAGACCAGUGUCACUAUAGACAUUCAGCAUCUCCCACUUGUCAAUCUCUCGGUGGAGCCUCAGCCAAUUUUAGAGGGCAACCUUGUGAAAUUUCACUGCUCUGGAAAGGCCAACCCUCCAGUUUCACUCUACAGGUGGGCCAAAGGAGGAAACAUACUUAAGGAGGUCGCUGGGGACACCUAUGAGGUUAUUGUGGACCACUCAUUCUUCACAGAACCUGUUUCUUGUGAAGUUACCAACUCCCUCGGCAGCACCAACGUUAGUCGCAACGUUGAUGUCUACUUUGGGCCUCGCAUGGCUGCAGAGCCUCAGUCCUUGCAAGUUGACCUUGGAUCUGAUGCCGUUUUCAAUUGUGCUUGGACAGGAAACCCUUCUCUCACAAUAGUGUGGAUGAAAAGGGGAUCUGGAGUGGUUCUUAGCAAUGAAAACCUACUAACUCUGAAAAAUGUGAGGCAAGAAGAUGCCGGAAAAUAUGUCUGCCGUGCCGUGGUCCCACGUGUCGGAGCCGGGGAGAAGGAGGUCUCCCUUACCGUAAAUGGGCCACCUACAAUAUCCAGCACACAGACUCAGCAAGCUUUACAUGGAGAGAAAGGCCAAAUCAAAUGUUUCAUCCGGAGUACACCUCCACCAGACCGAAUUGCCUGGUCAUGGAAGGAAACUGUUCUGGAGUCUGGAACAUCCGGCCGCUACACUGUGGAGACCGUCAACACGGAGGAGGGAGUCAUUUCCACACUGACCAUGAGCAACAUUGUCCCAGCUGACUUUCAGACCAUCUACAACUGCACAGCGUGGAACAGCUUUGGCUCUGAUACAGAGAUCAUACGCCUUAAGGAACAAGGUGGGAGCCAAGAAUCUCUCCCGGUGGCUGUGAUCAUUGGCAUCGCCGUGGGAGCUUUCGUCGCCUUCAUUGUCCUAAUGGGCACCAUCGGCGCAUUCUGCUGCACCCGCUCCCAGAGAAAGGAAGUGCACCUGGUUAUGCCCUCACUGCCCGUCUCCAUCUGUGCUCACCAGAGAGAAGUUGCAAGCAAAAUUAAGACAGAAAAUCUGAAAGGAGUUGUGUCUGCAAAGAACGACAUCCGGGUGGAAAUCGUGCACAAAGACCACAAUGCAGCUCGUGAAAAUGAAGAACAUAACUCCAUGAAACAGCUGAUGGUGAGUGUUGAACGAGGAGAGUUCCAGCAGGAAUCUGUUCUGAAGCAGUUGGAGGUGUUACAAGAGGAGGAGAAGGAGUAUCAGCACAUUAAGGACCCUACAAAUGGCUAUUACAGUGUCAACACCUUCAAGGAGCACCACACGCCUACAAUGACAGGGAAUCAGACCACUGAGGCAAGGAACCCCACCAACACCAGUACCCUUGGUAAGCAGCGAGUGCCAACAGGCAUGUCCUUCACCAACAUCUACUCCACUCUGGGAGCAGGCCCCAACCGCUUGUACGACUACGGCCAGCGCUUCGUGCUGGGCAUGGGCAGCAGCUCCAUCGAGCUUUGCGAGCGGGAGUUCCAGCGUGGCUCGCUCAGCGACUCCAGCUCUUUCAUUGACACGCAGUGCGACAGCAGCAUCAGCAGCUACAGUAAGCCAGACGGCUAUGUUCAGUUCGACAAAGACAGCAAGGCGUCUGCCUCUUCCUCUUCCCACUACUCCCAAUCAUCCUCACAGAACUCGGACCUCACCCGGCCACUCCAGAAGCGCAUGCAGACCCACGUCUGACCUUCAGAAAGGGAAGGUGUUCCAAUGAGGCGCAACAAGCAGGAUUGUAAAACUGUUAUAGAUUCCUUUUGCAGGAGCCCCUGUAGUAUCAGUGUUCAAAGUGUUUCCUAUGGAUGCUCUGGGAUGCUGAAACGACGACUGGGCUUGAUGCACCUUGUAACUUGCUUAGACAUCAAAAUGUCCCCAAAAAAUGAAUCAAGAAGCCUUAUAUUUCCUUCAUGCUUAUAUCAUCAACCCCCCCACCCCCCCUUUUUUUUUUUUGACCCAAAAUACAGAUGUGCCACAGAGAGUGCUUAUUUGCCAACAUAGACUACAAGUUUGGAGACUGAACCUACAAUACAACAUUCAGAUUGUUAAGGGAUCAGGGAGCAGGAUUUCAAGGCUGUGUGACAAUCAGAUUUGCUUCCUCAAGAUUGAUAUACAGAAGAAAAGUGAGCGUUCGGCACAGCACUCUGCACAAACUGCCAGAUAAUAAGAAAAAGCCAACGUCCUGCUGCCCCCAUGUAGAUUGAAGCACAACAAUGAAUGUGCAUGCUGUUUUCUACCUUUUAAAGCUAUAACUUUGCAACACCUUGCCUCUUCAAAACCCUGUCUGUUAAGGUUAAGUUGUAGGUGGAAGAAAACUUUCCCAACAUGCUGGGAAACGUCAAAAAGAAUGCCUGUGUUUUCUCCCUCUUUCUGUAUCUGAGAUGCACAGCUGAGCAGAUAAAGAAGAGCUGGGUUGUCAAUUGAAAUCCCUGAGCCCUGUUUUCACUUUCACUGCGAUAGAAGAACAUCAAUGUACAUAUAUGACUAAUUUUGUUUCCAGCAUCUAAUUUUUUUGACUCUUAUUUUCCACAUGGAUGACGGUGAAUUAUAUAUGAGCCCCUUUUCAUGUUCAUAUCUAUUUUGCCUUGAGGGUCUGUUUGAACUGGGUCAAUGCUAACUCACUAAGUGAGAUAGACAAACAGUAUCAGCUUUCUGGUUUAUGUAGAGCUGCCUCCAACAUGAUGUUCUGAUACCAAAUCCAGUUCCAAGGCACAUGAAAGCUUACAAAUUGCGACUUGUGUUGCAUGUGUCAGUUUUUCCAACUAAAACUACAGAUUAUCAACAACACUGAUAAAUGAAAGUAAACAUAUUUUAGCUACUUGCUGUGUGAAUAUACCAUCCAUAUAGUCAGUAUCACUGUUGACACUGGGGCUUAGUGCAUCCUGACUGCAUACCUACUUGUGAUUGUGCUGAUCGAACAUGACAAACAGAUAUAUAGACGGUUUUAUUUAUUUUUCUGCUUUUAUUUUGGCUAUGAAGACAACGGUGGAAAGUUAAUGGCUGUUUUCUUCUCUUCUGUAUAUGACAUAUUUUAUGCAGUGCCCAAUUAAUAAUGUUGUACUCAACCUUCAGCCAGCCAGACACUAACCUUACACCAAAAUUUAAGUGAACUUGUUGGCAAAGCCCAUCAUAAUUUUUAGGGGGGGUUUUGGGAAAAACACAUAUUGUUGUCCAGAGAGUUUUUUUAAGCACUGAACCCCUGGGAAUCCCAAUAGCCACUAAGCCAAAGCUAAUGAUCAGAUCUAUUUGUUUCUAACCAAAUCUAACACAGUCAUAUUUUGUUUUUCACUGCGGGAUUAAAACAAACGUGGAAAAGUGCAGCAUGAACAGUGGCUUGUGACAAUAUUUACACCAACAUUUUAAUGUUUCCUCACAAUAUAACUUUAGCUUCAAUGUAUUUAUUGGGAUUUCAUGUGACAGACCAACAUGAAGUAGAUAUAAAUGUGACGCAGAAGGAAAAGGAUACAUAGUUUACAUAUUUGCUUUACAAAUAAACAUUGUAGAAACAUUUAUUUUCAGCCUCCCUGAGUCAAUACUUUGGGCAACCACCUAUCACUGCAGUUAUAGCUUCACAGUUAUAACUUCAUAGUUUAUUUCUGCCUGGCCAUCCUAAUACAAUAAUUUAAUUUGAUCUAAACCACUCCAUUGCAUCUCUGUCUAUAUGUGUCUUGUUGUUGUCUUACUAAAAGGUCAACCUCUUUUAUUUAUUUCAGGCUUUCCCUGUUUCUAGCUCCAUUCAUCUUGCUACAAGUUCUGAUAAGCUUCCGUGUUCCUGCGGAAGAAAAGCAUCUUCCCAUGUUGGUGCUGCCAUCUUAUUUUUCUUUGGAGACGGUAUAUUCAAGGUGAUGUGUAGUGAUUGUUUUUCUUUACGCAUAACAUUUUGCAUAAAGGCCAGAAGGUUCAGCUUUUGUUUCAUCUUAGCAAAAUACCUUCUUCCACACGUGGGCUCUGUCCCCUAUAUUGCUAGUGGCAAACUCCAAACUGGACUUCUUAUUGCAUUCUUCCACCAAUGGGUUUUACGUUUUAACUCUUCACCCCACAUUUGUGGAGUGCACAACUAAUAGUAGUCCAGUUGACAUAGCAUCCCAACUGGGCUGUGGGACUCUGAACACCUUUAGAGUUGCCAUUGGUCUCUUGGCUGCUUCUCUGAUAAAUGCUCUCAUUGCCUGGCCUAUCGGUUUAGCUGGAAAGCUCUGCUUAUUCCAUUUGUUUUGAUGAUUGCAUGAGCAAUGCACUUCAAGACUUCCGAAGCUUGGGACACAGCUUUUUAACUUGCUAAAAGGUAACUUCUGAUUACAAUUGAUUGCACUGAAUUUUAUUUAGGGGGUCUCAGAGUAAAGGGGACUCAAUACAAUUGACAGCUGUUGCUCUUAAGAUUAUUAUUUGCAAAACUGCUUACAAACAUUUAUCAUUCUUCCUCAACUUCACAGUUAUGUAUACUGUGUUGGUCUAUGACAUAAAAGCUCAAUAAAAUACAGCAAAGGUAGUUUUUUUUAACGUUGCAAAAAGUUCAAGAGGUAUGAAUAUUUUUGCAAGGCACUGUGUGUUAUGCAGUACAACACAUUGGAUACAAACAUUCAGUACACGCUUUUUUGUGUUUCCCCUGCACUUGAGAGGUUUGCUCUGGUUUUACUUUGGAAUUACAUUUGUUUUAAUUAUCUCAUUAUUUUGAGAGAUAAACUCCUGGAACAGUUAUAGAAAUCAAAAAUGUUUGCUCAUUUUUAUUUUAUUUUUUUUGUUUGGUAAAUACAUGUAUGUACUACAGGGUACAAUUGGGUUCCAGGAUCUCUUAUCCAAUCAAUUAGUUGCAUUAUUUGUUUGCUUAGUUUCAAUUGCUGCAGUCAGUUCACUGGGAUCAUCCUGUGUGAAACUCCAAUUCCUGAACCACCAAGCACUGUAACUGAACAGAAGCAAGUUGUUGUUGUAAGCACUUUACAUGAUCAUACUCAAGGUAUUUGAAUGGUUUUUUUUCUACUUGAGUGGUACUGGUUUGGACUAAAUUUACAAAUGGAUUGGUGCCCAUUGUACAGCUUAAGACAAAAAGCUCUGUUUUAAUGCUGAUAAUCCUGCUUGGUAUUUAGCAGACUGUAAAUCUCUAAUACUGUAUUUCUCUGUAUAUAUAUGUAUAUUUUCUUCCUGGCUUUUCUUUUUCACUCAGAUUUCUCAACAACAUAUUAGAGCUCAAGAAACAUAUGGCUUAAAAACUGCGCUUAGAGCCGAUAAUGCUCUCUUUGUUUCCUUUCCAAAAAUUUCAUCAAGCCUGUCUAUUUCUAAUAAAUUACACUGACGGCUCACAGGAGCUGCUGUCUCUUUCUGAAAGAUCUCACCGAGAGAACCAACACUCUGCACACUGAGCACACAUGAGGCUAGAAGAUGGGCUAAGGACAACUUUAAAUGAGAUGUAGUAAGAGGUUGUUAUACUGUCAGCCUUUGGGAGAGAUGUCCAGAUGCUCAGCAAUAUAUUGCAUUCAGAAACAUGAUGACAGUCAAGUAUGUCUGUGUCAUUUAAUUUUUUAUCUAUUUAUUUUUCUAAGUACUUACAAGUGUGUUAUUGUUUAUUCUUAAAUAUUAGUAAUUGCAAUAAACAGGGUUGCAAAGCAGAAUGGGGAACGUAUUUGAUUUUAGUGUUUUCCAGGUUUGGAUAGGUAUGGAACAGAGUAUGGAAACAUUUUGUAUUUUUCAAACAUUAUUCCCAGCCUGUUGUCUUAAUGUCUCUAUCCAUCCAUCCAUCCAUCCAUCCAUCCAUCCAUCCAUCCAUCCAUCCAUUCAUCCAUCCAUCCAUCCAUCCAUCCAUCCAUCCAUCCAUCCAUCCAUCUAUCCAUCCAUCAUACACUGUGGUUUUGCAGGUUCUAAAUUAGAAAUAUAUUGGCAAAGAAUUAUGUGAAACCUCAAAAGAAUGUAUAGGAACCCGGAAAUACAGUAACUACAGUGAUCUAUAUAAAUCUUUCUAGACAAAUGUGGCAUUCAUCUAUUGUUUUAGUAAUUUCAUGAUCACAUUUACAAAAUCUGUCAGAGCCCAGAUUUUUAUCAACUUUCCACUCAUGAAUUGGAUAACUUUGUCGUUCUCCAUGAACGUAAGCUUCUGCACUGAUCCAAACCUAAUACAUUUUCCCAGUCCAACGAAGCUGCACACUGCACAGCAAACAGAUAAAUAUUUGAUAGGCUUGCCUUCUGUCUCAUUCACCCCCAAAUGGCAACAGCUAUGGCAGGGAUGGGAGUACUACAGCAUUCGAGUGCCAUGUUGGUGGCUGGAAAUCGAAGCUCAUGUUGGGGAUCUACAUGUGCCCCGUUCACCUGUGGACAACUCACCGGCUGCUGCUGGCGCAGCCUGUUUGCCUGGCUGGGAGCUGUACACAGAUGCCAGGGCAUAACAGAUGAUUAAACACAGAAACCCAGAACAAUUACAAGGGGUUGCUGCCCUUUCGUGAUUAAACAGGACAAACCUCUCAGAGCGUAGGAUGCAGGGUAGUCCAUUAUUUAGGUAUGCUGAGGACAAGCCUCUAAUAACUCUUUCAAGGUGGAAGUCUGAGCUCAUUAGCAUGGCAUCGUGAAAUGGGUUCACUGCACUACAAAUUCUUCUCAGUCUGAAUAAACUGAACACAAUGCAAAAAGAAAUAGAACAUUCCCGCGGUAAAUAUCUUGCCAUUGAUUGCAAACCAAAUCCCAUCAUCUAAGCACUCCCUGUGUGUAUGAUAGGUGUUAAUGUCAGUGGUGGAGCCCAUUAGAGCAGGUGUCAUUCGAGACAUUCAACUGAUCUUCACAAGCCUUUUUUUACUCUGUAAAUGCUUUCUGUAUUUUUCUCUCCCAUUUUUUUCUCUUCUACCAAUCCAAGCUUUUUAGUACUGUGAGAAAAUACAAGCAUAAGACCGACACUCAAAUAGUACCUUCAGUUAAUCCUCAAAUUUUUGUAUUAGCUGUCAGACCGGCAAUGAGUUGGGUUUGGGUAAAAAGUAAAAGCGUCACGGAAAAGCCUCAAUUGAGUCCAGAUCUCUGUGAUUAGUCCAGCUGCUUUGUUCUCCUGAUGAUAGCACUGGGACAUGACACAAGGUACUUAUAGUCAUGGUAAAAAGACAGUAGGACAUCUUUCAGUUCUAAGGUUGAUACUUGUUAUCAGGUCCAAACCAAGUACUGAAAUUAUAUUAAUCUAAGCUGAAGUGUACCACAACCCGGUUUCCACCAUUUUAUUGCUCUUUAUUGCUGUCAUAUGUUAUUUAUUAAACAAAAAUGAAGCCAAAAUAUAAAGGUGAAAAGCAAUGUUACCAUGAUAUGUACAUAAUACAUGAAACUCCAGAAUCUAAAGGGUGUGUACUUUCUUUUUACCAUGAAUAUACCUUCGAGCAGUGGUGGUUUUUGAUGUGGGUGGCAUGGUUUACCUCCCAAGCUGGCAUGGUAUUUGAUGUGGCACAGGUGAUUAAAGUUAAAAAGUUAUGUCCUUUGAGCACCAGAGGAGUUUUCUAGUACUUAUUACAUGUUCAGUCAGUUUGGAGUUACGUCCAUCUGUACUGAGUGUGAGAUAUACAAGAAAAAAACUUGUAAAUACAGUGGGUCACUAAUUACAAGCUGGGAUCUGAUUUGCAGCAACUAAUUAGGUACUAAUUUAGAAGGCUACUUCUGGUCUGCAUUUGAUUAUCUCUACUUAAAAGUAAAGAAAACAAAUACUUGACUGAAUUGUUCUGAAUUGGAUUGCUCUGAACAACAUUUCUUUAAAACAUAGUGUUAGAUUUAUGAAAACUUUAUUCUAAUUUUAAAAACGUGAAAAAGACCAGAGGGGCAUUGGGGCGGCGCAGAAGGAGUGACUCGCCCAUUCAACCAAGAACCACCACUACUUUAGAGGGCCAUUUCAAGAACUGUAUAAAUAGUAACCAUGCACAUACAGUAACUUUGAUAAGACGAUGUGUAAAUGAUUUUGGGUCAACCAUCAUUUCUUGGCAGUGGUUGUCAUCUAUGUGUAAAAAGAAAAAAAAAGAAAAACGGUUGUAUUUUAACUGUACUGGUCUGUGAAUCUAUGAUGCUUUUGCUCUGUAUAUUUGGAAAAUAAAACAGAUGUUUGAGUUUG